UCUCUGAGAGAGAGAAAAGGACAGCACAAAUAUCAAUAUAGAAAUGAAAUGGAAGAAAAAGUUUGUCCAGAACCAUUUUCUUUUUUCCUUUUUUUUUUUUUUUUAUGAAAAAAGAUGUACUUUUUUCUUGCGAUCCUUUCCAACGCACGCAUUUUUGCUCUUCUUGUUACCCUUAACCUCCUCUUUCUCUCUCGAAAUUCGAAGAACAAACUAAAAUCGAACAAACCCAUCUCUGAUUUCUCCAUAUCUUUCUUCUCCAUUGAUCUGAUCCACUAAAGCAACGAAGACAGCCCCAUUUUUCCAUUUCCCCUGCUUUUGGAUCUUCUCUCAUGGUUCUCUUUCUCUUUGUCUCUCUGUGUUUUUCCCUUGUUUAAUUUCUGAUUUUAUUUUCUGGGCAAUGAUUAACUAUUUCGAACUUCAGUAAAGUCUCUUCCAUUAUUGUCUCUAGUUGAAGUUGUUUUUCUUGUGGCCCAUUAAAAGGGCAGAAUCGUGUUUCGUGAAUAGUUAUGUGUUAAUAGUAAACAUCUCUGAAGAUGAGCUGAAAUAAUGGUCAACUCUGGGAUCUUCGGAGAUGAUUGGAUGGAGUGGACUUUUCCUUAAUUAUUUCAGAAUGAACCCAAUUCUGUUCUCGUAAUGUUACAAUGUUUGGAGGGAGUAGUUAUAGAAACUUCACUUCAGUUUAUUGAUAAUUGUUGAGUAUUUUUCACUUCUACAGGAGGGGUUUGUGGUAGGUUUCCUUAUUUGCAUCAUACAUCGUCAACUGUUGCAAUGUAAACAUUUUCUUGUAGAGAUCUGUCUCGGUAGUUUUGAAGCUGAAUUUGACAUUUUCUUUUAGACAAUGAUGGCUGCCGGUUAUUGAAAUCGUCCAUGUGAAGCGUUCUUUAUGUUGCGGCUAAAGACGCAAGUUUCGUUCCAAUGUGAGGUAUCGUUUGAUUAAGGGGGAAAUGUUGGUACAAGGAGAUUUUAGUUUAGAUUCAAUGCAAAUGUAUUCUGAUUCAUUUAAAGAAGCACUGAAGCAAACUAUGCUGAGCCAGGAGGUUAUGUUUAGAGAACAGGUUCUUCAGUUACAUCAAUUGUACAGUGUACAAAGGAUACUAAUGCAGAAUUUUGGCUUCAAGGAGCUUGAUCGAUGCAGUUUUAAGAAAGCAGGGAUGAAACCAACUUUCAUGCCAUAUGCAUAUCCCACAAGAUAUGAUCCAUUAAUGAAAGAAACCGAAGUUUCCUCGAUUUGCAUGCUUGAAAAGCAUCCAGCUAAAAACUACAAGCUUCAGCACAGGCCUAUCAAUUUACAGCUUCCUCCAGAUCAGUACAUUAGCCUCAUCGACUUGGAAGAGUUAGAUCUUUCCCUUGAUCUCAAAAUUGGGCAUCCAGGAAAGGAGAAUGACGAAGAAAUACUUCCGUACAAGAAGUCCUGUCGUAUGCUCUCUGAAAAAGUUAUUGAUUUGGAAGAUUCAGUUGAUGGGGAUACAGAAAAUGUAUAUUCUUUCGAUCUAAAUGUUCCAAUAAUGCAAUCCAUAGAAUCUGAAAAAAGCCAUGAUCAUAUCUCAAAUGACCAUCUCCCUACCAAGAAUGAGCAGUUGGGAGCCUGUGAAGCAGGAUAUCUGGACCUUAAUGAAACUCAGAACGAUGAUUUGAUUAUGACUUGCUAUUCAACCUCGGGCUCGUCACCUGGUUUCGAGGGAGCAGUUAGCAAGGGACAACAAGCCAAUUGCUCCUCACCAAUUUGGGUCAGAGAGAAGAAUAACUGUUCUACUGGAUCUUCCACACUUGAACAAGAUGCAAAUCUAGAUGUGAUGGAUUGUGGUAGUAGAAAUGAGAGAACUGAAACUCACUCGACAGAGUCUAAAUUUAGGGAAACAAGUACAGGUGAUAUGAAUAACUGUCAAUAUGAUGAGGCUCCAAUGGGAUCAACAGCAAACUUUUCUAAAGACUUCAUUAAUCGUUAUGAUGAGGAAAGUAAAAAAUUUGAGGCAGUAAUUGAGCCUCCUGCUGACAGGCAUGCAAGGCUUCAAAAGAGUGAAGUAUGCUCUGAUUGUAGUCAUGCUGUGGAAGAUGGUUGCAACAGCAUAUUGACGGUGACGGUAUCCGGUGUGUCUACCUGUAAUGCCGAAAAUGACUCAGUUGGGGAGAAGAAGGGGCAAAUUUUGAGUCUCCCCAUGUCUAACCAGUGUCAUGAAACUCAAAAGAAGCUGCAUAAUAUAGAAACCAUCUUUUCCAGUGAGCAAGAUCACAAGUCUUCUGGUAGCAUUGAAUCAGAACAUGACGCAGAAUCUUCUGAAAUGAAAGUUCUACUUCAAAACGCGGUUGAAACACUUAUUUGUAUGUCUUUGGCUGAUUCAGCCUUUGAUCAUGAUUGUAACACAAAAACAGAAUCUAAUGACAUGGGAAAAGAUCAAGUGGAUCAACCACAACAUUCUUGUGAUUCCUUUGAGUUACUAGUUUUAGAGCAAACACAAAACGAUGAAGACGACGAGUUCUCCAUAUCAUCAUCACAGUUAUUUGAAGUAACUGACAUGACGAAUAUGAAUUUUGGAGUUAAAUUGAGAAGGGGAAGAAGACUGAAAGACUUCCGAAGAGAUAUACUUCCUGGUCUAUCCUGUCUUUCAAGACAUGAGAUUUGUGAAGAUAUUAACAUUAUGGAAGCUGUUUUAAGGUCAAAAGAAUACCGAAAAAUCCAAGCUAAAAUGCAAGAUGGACGGAAAGGGUGCAGCACUCCCAUGAAAAGCAAACGAUCUCGAUCUCGGCUAAAUAACACAAGGCGAAGAAUCAUUUUGUGAAAGUUGUUUCAUAGGUGACCUUCCUUUUGAAAUGCUACUCUGUUGUUGGCUGCAGAUUACCUGAAAUAACUCAUAGGCGAAUUGUGUAGUGUUGUAGCCAAAUGGAGAUUCAAUUUAUUUUGACCAUUUAAUUGUUGAAACAAAUUUAUAGGAUUAGUAAACACCAAAGUCUUCUGUAGUUUAAAGAUUUGAUUAUCAAAUUAUUAACAUUUUUUUUUUUU